AUGGCUACCUUGGCGUUCGCGAGCCUAACAUCUCCUCCAUUCUCGUCGGCGCGAAGGUCUCUGUCUAUCCAUGGAAGAUUCGCUUUUCUCCAUAAAACGCUGGGUUGGGGUCGGAGAUCUCUGCUGCUUCCCAUAACAUGUUCUUCUUCCGAAUCCGAGCCGAACCAAAACGCCGACUCCGAUGCCAAAACGGCGCCGUUGGCGCCGUCGUCUUCUAGUAGCUUGACCGACAAACUAUAUGUAGGGCUCGGAGGCGUUGGGUUUCUAGAAACGACGUACUUGACGUAUCUCAAGCUAACGAAUUCCGAUGCCUUUUGCCCAAUCGGCGGUGGUAGCUGCGGCGACAUCCUCAGCAGCGAUUACGCCGUCGUUUUUGGUGUUCCUCUUCCAUUGUUUGGGAUGGUUGCAUAUGGGUUAGUUGCUACUCUUGGUGUGCAGCUAUUGACUGCAAAGAAGUUGCCUUUUGGGAUUGGUGAAUCUAAUGCUCGCCUAGUUUUACUUGGGACUACAACUUCCAUGGCAGCUGCUAGCGCUUGUUUUUUGUACAUUCUUAGCACUAAAUUUUCAGGAGCUUCUUGCUCGUAUUGUUUGUUAUCAGCUUUGCUCUCUUUCACCUUAUUUUUCAUCACUUUAAAGGAUUUAGGGUUGGAAAAAGUACAGAAAGAGGUGGGCUUCCUGCUGUGUAUAGCUAGCUUGGUGUUUGUGACUCUCAACAGGUCAUAUAGUGCUUAUCCGCCUGUCUCCUCAAGCCCGUCGGAAAUUGAUCUUCCAUAUUUUACAACUGAGAUAACAACACCGUCAAGUCCUUUUGCUAUAGCUCUUGCAAAGCAUCUGAAUGCUAUAGGUGCUAAAAUGUAUGGGGCUUUCUGGUGUUCGCAUUGUGUAGAACAAAAACAGAUGUUUGGACGUGAGGCAGCAAAGCUGCUGAACUAUGUUGAGUGCUUCCCUGGUGGAUUUAGGAAGGGAACUAUAAUGGAAAAGGCAUGUAUUGAUGUUGGAAUUGAAGGUUUUCCUACAUGGGUGAUCAACGGGCAGGUUUUGAGUGGAGAAAAAGAUUUUACAGAGCUCGCACAGGAAUCUGGGUUUGAGUUGAAUGAAUCCAGUCCUCCCCCAUAG